AUGGGCAUGGCAGCAGAGUCACAGUUUCAUGUUCUGGCUGUCGAUGACAGCAUCAUAGACAGAAAACUUAUUGAAAGGCUACUCAAAACCUCUUCAUAUCAAGUUACUACAGUUGAUUCUGGCAGUAAAGCUUUAGAAUUUCUGGGUUUACAUGAAGAUGACACAACCAACCCAAGUACACCCACACCCUGCGUUCCUCCCAACAAUCAUCAGGAAGUUGAAGUGAACCUUGUCAUUACAGAUUAUUGUAUGCCAGGCAUGACAGGCUAUGAUUUGCUCAAGAAAAUCAAGGAAUCUUCUUCUCUAAGAGACAUACCGGUAGUUAUCAUGUCAUCUGAGAAUGUGCCUUCAAGGAUCAGCAGAUGUUUAGAAGAAGGUGCAGAAGAAUUUUUCUUGAAGCCUGUCAGGUUAUCAGAUUUGAAUAAGCUUAAGCCUCAUAUGAUGAAAACCAAAUCCAAGGAUCAACUCCAAAAACAAGAGAAGCAAGAAGAAAAAUCAGUCUUCCAAUCACCAAAACACCAACAACAAGAAAACAAAGAGCAUCAGCAGCAGCAACAACAACAGCAACAAUCCGGCAAUAACAAGAGAAAGGCCAUAGAAGAGGGGCUUUCGCCUGAGAGAACAAGACGUAGAUACAACGGCAUAACCACUGUGGUAUAACCAUAUGUGGACAAGAAAAAUGUUUUAAACUCUGUUCUUCUGAACAAUGUAAUUCAGAUAAAUUUUCCUUUUUAUUUUUCUUUUUUUGGAGUUGGUAUACAGGCUCUAUAGGAGUGUAGAGAUAGAAUUGCUUCAUGUAUACAUCUUUACAUGAAAACGAACAGUUGAAAAA